GAACAAGUAAGGACCGGCUGCGACACGAGGAAGAAGGCCCCUGCCCAAGCCGGGCGCCGUUUUUCCCCUCUUCCCGGUUCGUCGGUUCCCCGACUGGCUAUCUGGCGAUCCCGAGCGUCUCUCCCCUCAGGGGCCGGGAACUGGGCAGUCAUGGCUGAGGUGAAAGUGAAGGUGCAGCCGCCCGACGCGGAUCCGGUCGAAAUAGAAAACAGGAUUAUAGAAUUAUGUCACCAGUUCCCUCAUGGAAUCACAGACCAAGUAAUUCAGAAUGAAAUGCCUCAUAUAGAAGCCCAGCAGCGGGCAGUGGCCAUCAAUAGACUGCUGUCCAUGGGUCAGUUGGAUCUCUUAAGGAGCAAUACAGGACUUCUGUAUAGAAUAAAGGAUUCUCAGAAUGCUGGCCCUGUCUCAUUCUUUUUAAGUAAAAUGAAAGGAUCAGAUAACCAAGAAAAACUAGUAUAUCAAAUCAUAGAGGAUGCAGGAAAUAAAGGAAUAUGGAGCAGAGAUAUCCGAUACAAAAGUAACUUGCCAUUAACAGAAAUUAACAAAAUUCUAAAGAAUUUGGAAAGUAAAAAGCUUAUCAAAGCUGUUAAGUCUGUGGCAGCCUCAAAAAAGAAAGUAUAUAUGCUCUAUAACGUGCAACCGGACCGGUCUGUGACUGGUGGAGCCUGGUACAGUGACCAGGAUUUUGAAUCAGAAUUUGUAGAGGUGCUUAACCAACAGUGUUUUAAAUUCCUACAAACCAAGGCAGAAACAGCACGGGAAAGCAAACAGAAUCCAAUGAUACAAAGAAAUAGUUCAUUUGCCUCAUCACAUGAAGUGUGGAAGUAUAUCUGUGAAUUGGGGAUCAGUAAGGUAGAGUUGUCCAUGGAGGACAUUGAAACGAUCUUAAAUACACUCAUUUAUGAUGGGAAAGUGGAGAUGACUAUCAUUGCUGCAAAAGAAGGCACAGUUGGCAGUGUAGACGGACACAUGAAACUGUACAGAGCAGUCAAUCCAAUCAUCCCACCCACGGGUUUGGUCCGGGCCCCAUGUGGACUCUGCCCGGUUUUUGAUGACUGCCAUGAAGGUGGUGAGAUUUCACCAUCUAACUGUAUUUAUAUGACAGAGUGGCUCGAAUUUUAAUAGAGAACUGGGAACUUUCCUGACAUUUUGCAAAUGAAGUUACUUUGGGAGCAGAUAAUUUAACUCAUGAUGGAACAUCAAAUUCCCUUGAAAGCAAACUUCACAAUAAUGGGUAGACUUGCUGCUAUGAAAAAGUAUUUUUUUAUCUAUGAAGACUAAAUUUAUAUUGGUAGAGUAGCCAACAGAAUAUGAAGCAGGUAAGGCUAAUAGUGAAAUCCAUCCUUCAAUAAAUAAAAUACUUUGAACUUCAGGAAGACCACCUUCUGAAGCUUUCAAGACUUUUGAUGGUUCAUGGAAAAAGAAGCCAACAAAUCCAUAUUUGCCAUAUACUACAGUAAUGACUAAAGUUUAAAAAUGCCCAUUUUAAAGUUAUUUAUUAAGGUCUUCAUUGGAAAAUUUUGUAUCUGGUUCACUACUGCCAUUUGUUUUCUCUUUUCUCAGUGGUUUCAUUGAGAAGGAAUCAAAAGCGGUGAGGCAGGAAUAGCACUUGGAGGCAUGAGUGGGGAAGAGAAUGGAACAUCCCUUUCCACACACUAUUCAUUCCUUUUUACAUCAGAAAUAUUCUUUCAGAGGAUUAUGCCUUUGUACUUACCUCAAAUGCAAAUGAUGACUAUUGUCAAAGAUGUUUUCAGUGCAUAAAUAUGAUUAUUCUCAUCCUAAAGAGAAUGUUUUCACUGGUCCUUCUUUGUCAAAGUCUUCCAAGUCUUACUCUGCAGCUCAACUGCCUUAUCUGCUAGAAUUGCCCCAUAAUCCAUUGCGCUCCAUUCACUUUAUUGUGAGCAGGGUACCACUCCUCUUAUUUUAGAUUUGUUUCCGUACUCUCUUAAAAAUCAUGGUGUAAUUGGUCUAAACUAAACAGAAAGCCAUUAUAAUUGUUCUCAGUUCUAAUGGUACCUUCAAUCCUAGGUAAUUUGGUGUAUUGUUGCACAGAAGUUAGCUUUUUAGGAUCUCAGCUGUUGUAUUUUCACUUUGUAGUUCUCCUUAAUGAUUUCUGUGUCCAGGCCAAAAGCAUGAGACCAAAGGAAAGGAAUUCAAAGCUAGCUACUACUGAGGCCUGAGUUCAAACACCAGUUUGGAUAUACUCGAAGUGGUAAACAUCAGAAGGGUUAUUUUGAGAUAUAUGGGAUCAAUAAAAUAAAAUUCAGCUCAGUAACCAAGAACCAGGUGGAGUCUGUGGCCAGCUCUAUAGAAAUAGAGUUCAAUGACACUAGCAUUUUGAAACAAAGUAUUGGAUGUACAGAAGAUAGAGCCUGAAACUACACCACCCCCAGCGAGAGCUGGAAUAGUAAGAACAUUAUCUGUCCUCCCUGGGACCUCGCCUAUCACAGAGGCACUAGUCUUAUUUAAUGAAAAAACUGAACUUGGGGGAGAGGUACAAGUGGGGAGAAGGAAGCAGUUCAUGACUUUGCAUUGUGUCUUGAUAGCCAAAGAUUCUAAAGCUUACAGUCAGAGGCCACAAAAGUUCCCUGACUCACCAGAAUAAAGAGACCCUUUAAAUGCUUUUCCCACAGCAUGUCUUUCAUUCUGAAUAUUAACUGAAGGAGAAAAGAGACAAAAGUACUGCACCUCUGUUAUAUAGUUAAAUGGAUAUUUACCUACCAGAAGUAAACUAUGACCACAGUUUAUGGAGCUGUAGACUCCCGACACCAAAAAAUCAAAUUGUGAAUGAAGUCCUAAUCCUUACAGUUGAUUUCCAUUUAGUACAAGGUAUUUUGGUCACCUGAGAAUAGAUAUUCCCUGGAGUCUGUUAGGGCCCUUCUAUUCCGCUUAAUAAUGAUCCGUUGGGAGUCAAAUAAUCAUGAGAGACCAUGAUUCAAUGGUUUAAAUGGAUAGUUUAUGUGGGAUUCUUCCAUAAAACUCCUCUGAGCUUGGUUUGGUGAGGAGUAAAUUUUAUGGAGCCAUGAUUUUUAUGGUGAUCAACUGAGUAAACAAGUCAAACAAGUAAUUUCAAGUUGAGUGACUUUUACUUUGAACCAUUAUUAUUACAUGGUGGGUAAGGGGAGAAUAAAAAUACAUGCCCUAGGACGCUUGCUGUCCCCCAAACUUUUGAUGACAGUAUUCCAUAUCUGCUGUUCAAUAAGGUAGCUGCUAGUCACUUGUGGCUGUUAAGACUUGAAAUGUGGCUAGUGUGAAUGAAGAACUGAAUUUUAAUUUUAUAGCUACCUGUGGUUACUGGCUACCAUAUUGGAUAGCACAACUCAACAGUCAUAGGUCUAGAUUAAUUAUAGGAAUGAAGAAUAUCAAAAUUAAUUAUUUCUCAAUUGUAUAGGUUUGUUGCUUUUCUGUGGAAGAAGAGGACAACAAAAUAUUAUUAACUGUUAUUUGUAUAAGUUUGUAAUUUUUUGACAAAGGACUUCAGAAAACAAGACUGAGAGUAAGUAGAGCAAUGACUAAUUCCAAAUCAAAAAGAAUCAAAUUUUGGUUAUAGGCUUGAUCAAAUCAUUGCUAAACAACCUCUUUAAGAAAAUUAUUACUCAAUUGAUUUAUUGAAUUUGCUUUUCACUAACGUGUCAAAUGAGUUGUUUUAAAUCUUAAUUUUUUUAUUUAUAAAAGUAAUACAUGUUCACUAUAAUAAACUCAAAUAAUACCCAGGUGUACAAAAUAAGAAGGAGACUCCCACCACACCAUAUUCUAAAAUUCCUAUUCCCCAAAGAAAUUGCCAUUAAAAGUUGAGAGUCUUUAUCUUUUUUCUUUGAGCACAUUUAGAAACCAAGACUUUUCUGGUUAAAAUGAUGGCUUUGAAUCUCCUUUAGACAUAAACAGGGAAUUCACAUCUUUGCAGCAAACAUCAGGUUCUGCAACACCAAGUAUGAAGUCACUGGAAGUUGUUUGAGGCAAUACUUAGGGAUCAUAAUAGCCAAAAAAUGUUGGGAAAUAAAAGCAUUUUUUUGAGGGAAUAUGAUCAGAAAAGAAAUCAUGGAAUGAGGCUUAAAAGAGAGGCAAAGGACCAUGGAAGUUAAAAGGUAGAAUUCUUUACAGAACAAAAUUUGAGGUAUGGAAAGAUUCUUUUAAAAAAUACUUAAGAUUUUGUAACAAAAUCCAAAUUGUUCCCAUGAUUGCAUCCUUUGACAUUAUGUUCAUUUCUCAGGCUUCAUAGAGAAUCAUUUAAAGCACCUGGCUAAGUUAAUCCUAAUGGCAGAGGUCACAAAUGGGUGGCUUGGACUUUGUGUGUCUUGCACUGUUUGUAAAUUUUUUUUUUUAACUGUCGUUGCCAACUUACAUCAUCCAUAUGUACAUGUAUUGGACACAACUCAUAUACAUAUGAACUGUAUAUACAAACAUAAAUAUAGUCCCUAAAUAUAAAAACCACUGCAUGAAAUUUUUUCCUUGAAAAAUCAGAAAAUUGGCAACACUUUGCCCCCUUCCCACAUGGCAACAAUUUAGACAGGACAUGAGUUCCCCAUGUUACCCUAAUCCCCACCACUCUGGUCUAGCACAGAUCUGGUUGGCUAUGCUCAUGUAUAUAUGUCCAGGCUGGGCUUACAGUCCCUGUCUGACCUGGCAGACCCCUGACUCAGAUCCAUGAAGGACCAGGGCAGGGUGUCAAAGAUGGGAGGCCCUAGUCUAGGUUUAAUGUCCUGGGCCAGCUCAAAAUAGCUAGUGGUUUGAGCUCUAAGCCAGCACUCUGGACCUUUAGUCGUGUUUUCUUUCCCCCCAAAAUAACAAAAGGUUCAUUUCAAAGAGGAGUACCACUCUUACAACCUACACGAAACUACUUCAUUUUAACCUGGACUGGGAAUCAGGAAACCUGGAUUCCAUUUCUGCUUAUUCACUUUGGACAGAUAAAGGUAGUUAAGCUCUCCUUAUGUCCUGACUCAAAUGGGAAAAAUACUGCUUUAGUUCAUAGCAGUUUGCGAGAUACAGAUCCUAUGGAAAAUGGAAAUGCUGUUUGUAACUUAGUUUGAACAUUGAACUUCUGUUUUUUUCAGAACUUAAUUUGACCUGUUUUAUGUGUCCACUAAUAUGAUCACAGAUAAUUUUUAUCUAUUAAUAACCUGAUAAUUGCUCUACCCCUAUACCGGAAUGCAAAAUAGCAGAAAUCCCAUCCUGUCUAUGCUGGCACUUUCAGCAUAGACUUUAUCACACUAAUCAGUUCAUGAAACUCCGUGUUCUGAAAGUGGCCACGGUCACUGAAUUUGUACAAUUUGGCUUCCAACCUAUCAGCCACUUCUUGUUGUUCUUUCCAGGGAAGGAAAGGAUCAUCAGUGGAGCCAAACUGCACAAUAUGAGCGCAGUUGGCUUUGAUCUUCUCCCACUGCCAGGGACGAUUGAAGUAUCCUAUGGGAAAAAAUAUAUAUAUAAUCUAUUACCACCCAUGGAUAAUUUCCCUUCUAGCCAUUGUAAAAUAUCUAGCAGAGAUACAAAGAAUCAGAGCCUAAGUGUUAGAAGUCCUUUAGUUUUCAAAUCUGUAGAGCUUGAUACCAUAACCAUUUGGGAAGGGGGAGUACAUGGCUCAUAAAGUUAGGGUUCAGUGCAUUAGAAAGUGGUCUAUCCACUCUCAAAGGGCCUAAUUUAUAUCUAAAGAAGGGCAGUAAAUGUUUCUCAAAUGCUACUAGAGGUUUUUUUUUAGCCUAUCCAAAAGCCAGUGCUGUUUAACCUGAACAAACAUCCCUGUGACUAGAGCAAGGGCUUUUCUGUACUGGUUUCUGCCUUCAAACUUACCACUGGCCCGCUCAUUUUCAUCCCCCAAGUCGGAGGUGUAUGCAGACACUAACACGAUAGCAUAUACUUGGUGUGUUUCUGCAUACCUGGAGAAAGAGAAAUGACGUCAGCUAAUACUUAAUGUUAAAUCUGCCAAAAAGUCAAAACAAAACCCUGAAAACUCAUUUGAUUUAGCUUACAGAAAGCAGGUGCUAUCAACUGUCGAGUUUAGCAAGAAAAAUAGGAAGGAAACUGCAGAACUACAAGCCCAGUGGUUAAUGGCUUACCCUUGGCCAUUUGAUGAGUUUCUACUGAUUUUUCAAGGUAGUCCAAACCUCUUUGGUAAUCCUUUCCAAAAAAACAUAAAAAGUGUAAUCAUUCUCUUUGAUGUGCCUAUUAACCUACCUUCAGUAUGCAUCAGCAUUGCUUUGUUGGUUAACCUGCAGAUUCAGUCCCAGAGCAUCUGAUUCAGAGGGUUGGUACAGGGCCCAGGAAUCUGCAUUUUAAGACAUGACACCUCCCCCAACCCAGAUGACAAAUACAAGUGAUCUGUGAACCAUAUUAAGAAAUUCUGUACCACGAUGGAAAUGUACUUCUUUUUGCCACACGCUCUACAUUGCAUUGUAGUACUUGUUUGUGUCGUGUUAUAUCUAUCUUCCCCAAUAAACCUCAGCUCCUUAAGGGCAGGUGUGAGUCUUCUUGAUCUUUGUGACCCUGGUGUCCCGUACAGUGCCUGGCAAGCAGACACUCAGCUAACUAUUUGCAUGAAGUUCCCUCACUCAGCAAAGACUAGGCUAGGGAAAGAUGUGGGGUAGUAAUAGUUUCCAGAGGCCUUGGUGCCAGGAAAGAUUUAGGGUUGGUAUUUUGUUUUCAGGCGAAACUUUUUGCCCAACCAUUUGUUUUGAAAAAUGUCAAACUUACAGAAAAGUUAGAAGAACAAGAAGCACCUAGAUUUAUUCAUUUUACCACAUUUCACACCUAAACAUGUCAACAUGUAUCGCCUAAGAACAAGGUUGUCUCUUAUAUAUAUCUCCACAGUGCCAUUAUUACAGCUAGUACAUUUAACACGGAGAUGGUAAUACUAUCUGUAUUCAUUUUUCCCCAGUUUUACCAAAAAUGUUCUUUAAAACUGCUUUUCAAUCCUAGAUCAGUCAAAGAUCACUGCAUUUUGUUUUCAUGACUCUCUAGUCACUUUUAAAUUUUUUGUUUUAAAUGACAUUGACAUUUUUUCCAGAGUUUAAGCCAGUUGUCCUGUACAUCAUCCCCUAAACUGAAUUUGGCUGUUUUCCUCAUGAUUAGACAGAGGUUAAACAUUUUUGGCAAGAAUACUGCAUAGGCAAUGUGUCUGUCCCACUCCAUCACAUCAGAGACACACAAUGCCAGUUUCCCUUUAUUGGUGAGAUUAAGUGUGAUUACUAAGGUGACAGCUAUCAGAUAUCCACUGUAAAGACACAAUUGUCCCCUUUGUGAUUAGUAAGUAAUCUGUGGGGUGGUCCUCUGUGACUAAAUCAGUAUCCUGUUCCCCUACAAUCUCAUACCCCAUAGUUUUGGCAUCAACUUUCUCCUUGCCUACCUUAACUUUAGAAGUUAAUUUUUAGAAGGUUGCGGACAAUCCUGCAGUAAGUUUCA